CAUACACACACACCAACUCAACCAACCUACAGUUGGAGUCACUCUUCCCACUUCUUCUCUUUCCCUUCUCCUUUUCUCCUCCUCUUUCAUCCCCCCCAAAAAAGUACAAGGAGACGCAUUUUAAUUCCUGCCUUCCUCACGGGCUUCGUCCAUCUUCGACGCCGUCUUCUCGUCCUUGGCCGUCUUGCGUCUUCUCUUUCUCUCUCUCUCUCUCUCUGUUUGGGCUUUUGAAGGGGCGGCGAGGGAUCCGAGGAGUAGGUGGGAAGAGGGCGGCUGAUGGAGAAGAAGCAAGGGUUCUUCUCGGCCCUGAGGGAAGAGGUGGCCAGGGGGCUGUCACCGGCCAGGGCGAGGUCGGAGAUCGCGCGGCGAGGCCCGUCGACGAUGGCUGGGCUGCUCCUGCCGCGGUGGUGGAGGCGCAGUUACCAGCUCGAUGGGGAGCCGGUGGUGCCGAGAUCCGGCAGCCUGGCUCCGCUGAUGGAGGGCCCGGAUCCCGGGGAGGCGGAGAGGGAGGACGCGCGGAGGGAGCGGGGGUGGGGGCAAUGGGUGAAGGACCAACUCUCGCGAGCACCGUCUGGCUCCGCCGCCUCCGCGUCUUACCGGCGGUCCGACCUUCAGCUGCUCCUUGGGGUCAUGGCGGCGCCACUAGCCCCCAUCCAUGUCUGCUCCACUGACCCGCUUCCUCACCUUAGCAUCAAGGAUACUCCUAUUGAGACCUCGUCGGCUCAGUAUAUACUGCAGCAGUAUACAGCAGCAUCUGGAGGUCUGAAGCUGCUGAGCUCCAUCAGGAAUGCUUACGCUAUGGGGAAGGUGAGGAUGGUGGCAACUGAUUUUGAGACGGCCACCAGGGUCAUCAAGGCCAGGAAUGCAUCCAGAGAUGCAGAGUCCGGUGGCUUCGUCCUCUGGCAGAUGGCGCCUGACAUGUGGUACGUGGAGCUCGCUGUCGGUGGUAGUAAGGUCCAUGCCGGUUGUAAUGGCAAGCUAGUUUGGCGCCAUACGCCAUGGCUUGGUGCGCAUGCUGCCAAAGGCCCUGUCCGUCCCCUUCGUCGGGCUUUACAGGGUAUUGAUCCCUUGAUCACAGCGAGCAUGUUUGCCAAGGCACGGUGCAUUGGGGAGAAGAAGGUCAAUGGCGAGGAUUGCUUCAUCCUCAAGCUCUGUGCAGAUCCACAGACGCUCAAGGCAAGGAGCGAAGGACCUGCUGAGGUCAUUAGACAUGUCUUGUUUGGUUACUUUAGCCAGAAAACUGGGCUUCUUAUCCAUAUUGAGGAUUCACAUCUGACCCGAAUCCAGUCAAGUGCCGGUGGUGAUGCUGUGUACUGGGAAACCUCCAUCAACUCCUUCAUUGAUGAUUACCGCCCGGUUGAGGGUAUGAUGAUUGCACACUCUGGUCACUCAGUUGUCACUCUUUUUCGGUUUGGUGAAGUGGCCAUGAGUCACACAAAAACCAGGAUGGAGGAGUCUUGGACUAUCGAGGAGGUGGCUUUUAAUGUUCCCGGCCUUUCUGUGGAUUGCUUUAUCCCUCCGGCUGACGUAAAGCAUGGAUCUAUCGAUGAAGCCUGCGAGCUGCCUCAAGGGGAGAGGGGAAAGAAUCUCAUGGUUGGGGGUCAUCGGGCUAAGGUUGCAGCUCUGGAGAAGUUUGGGUCUAUCGAUGAAGCCUACGAACUGCCUCAAGGAGAGAGGGGAAAGAAUCUCAUGGUUGGGGGUCAUCGGGCUAAGGUUGCAGCUCUGGAGAAGUAACACAACGAUGCUGAGGUUAACAUCAUGUGGGUGGUGAAAGUCUAGUGCUAGUACCAUUUAAGAUAUGAAGUGAAUUGAGCUGUCUAUAUUAGUAGUCAUAGUUAUAACUGAUCAACUGACCAUGAAGAUAAGCCCAGAGAACCUACUUUUUGGGUAAUUUGGAGUUUGCUCAUCAGUAUGUCCCCUGUAAAUCGGACCAUAAUGGUUUAGUGCAUCUAUGCCCGCAGGCCCUAGUGGAUUUUUUAGUCCGAAAGCAGGGUUCAUAGGUAGAGCUGGUUUGGUUAUUUUGGUAAGUCAGCUCUGGGGGAUGGAGAGGAGCUCUCUUCUUUGUUCUUUGAACAGGGUGCUACUUCCAAUCCUGAAUCAGGGGGAUCAGUAUGGAUGCUUUUUUUUCUUCUUCUUACGACUAGUUUAUUUUUCUGGUGGUUCAAGAACUUCAACUGCCAGCAUGUUUCUGGUUAGGUGGCUGGGGUUGAGUUCUCAUGUGUUUUUUGCUUGUUUACUGGUGUGGAAACUGUCCAAAGUUAUGAAGCUUGUAAGUAGCUGUGGGUUGAGUUCUCAUGUGUCUUUUGCUUGUUUACUCGCUGGCAUGAAAAUUGUGCAUGAUAUAAAGCUACAAGGCUUAAGUGCGGAUUGGACGU